GAGUCGUUUCAGUGCGCGACGGACUACGAAGCCGUCGACAUCGUCGGACGUACGUGUGCGUACGGCUCGACUUUUCGCGUCUCCCGCGUGUCUCCUCGUCACCGUUGACGACUGAACGCGGUCGGUUGAGUGAUCUACCGUGAGCUAUUGUUCUUCGUGUUGUUGUGCGUUAUGUGUGCGUGAACGUGGCUCGAACGUGGCUGAAGGUGACCGGACGGCCAGGUGAUCAGUUGUGACUACCCGUGAGACUAUUCAUUCCGACGAUAUGGUGUACCACUGGCAGAGUCAAAAUGUCAAGAUUUCCGGCGUGGACGACAUGGUCCUCCUGCCGAAGAUCAACGAGGACAGCAUUAUCGAGAAUCUCAAGAAGAGAUACAUGGACGAUUACAUAUUCACAUGCAUCGGACCCGUGCUGGUAUCGAUCAAUCCCUUCAAGCAGAUGCCGUAUUUCGGGGAGAAGGAGAUCGAAAUAUACCAGGGCGCGGCACCGUACGAAAAUCCACCGCACAUCUACAGCCUGGCGGAUGAGAUGUACCGAAACAUGCUGAUCGACAACGAGAGCCAGUGCGUUAUUAUCAGUGGAGAGUCCGGCGCCGGAAAGACUGUCGCCGCAAAGUACAUAAUGUCCUACGUGGCGAGGGUGAGUGGCGGUGGCGACAAAGUGCAGAGGGUGAAGGAUAUUAUUCUAGAAUCGAAUCCACUCUUGGAAGCGUUCGGCAACGCGAAGACCACGAGGAACAACAACAGCAGCAGAUUCGGAAAGUACGUCGAGAUGCAGUUUGGAUCGGGCGGUCAGCCGAGCGGAGGCAAGAUCUCGAAUUUUCUUUUGGAAAAGUCGAGAGUAACCUGCCACAAUCCCGGCGAGCGGAAUUUCCAUAUAUUUUAUCAGCUGGCCACGGGCGCCAAUCAAGCGAUGAAAUCUGAAUUUGGACUGACGGAGCUCGAUUAUUAUCACUACCUGAAUUACGGCGGCAAUCAUAGGGUGGACGGCACGAAUGACGCUCGUGAUUUUCAAGAAACCCUCAAAGCAUUGAGUGUCAUGGGAAUAGAAGACGCAGAAAUGAUGAAUAUAUUCAGGCUGGUAGCUGGAAUUCUUCACGUGGGAAACAUACAGUUCGCCGAGAAGGGCAAUUACUCACAAAUAGCCGAUGAACAAUUUCUCGAGUUUCCAGCUUACCUGUUCGGGGUCUCGGUGGAGCAGCUUUCGCAUAAGUUAAUCUCCCGAGAAUUCGAGUCGAAAUGGGGAAGUCAAUCUGAGAGCGUGGACGUGACGUUGAAUGUGGAACAGGCGCUUUAUGCUAGGGAUGCUUUAGCGAAGGACAUCUAUGCCAGGCUCUUUGAUUAUUUAGUCAAGAAAGUCAAUUCGGCCAUGGAGACAAACACGGACGGAUACGAGAUAGGAAUUCUGGACAUAUACGGCUUCGAGAUCUUCGAGAAGAAUGGCUUCGAGCAGUUCUGCAUCAAUUUCGUGAACGAGAAGCUGCAACAGAUCUUCAUCGAACUCACGUUGAAGGCGGAACAGGAAGAAUAUGUUGCCGAAAAUAUCAGAUGGACGCCGGUCGAAUUCUUUAAUAACGCCAUCGUGGUGGAACUUCUUGAGGGUAAGAGGCCACCCGGUCUGUUCUUGGUGCUCGACGAUGUAUGUGCGACGCUACACGGCGGGAGCACCGGUGCCGACACCGACUUGAAGAAGAAACUGGCGGGAGCGUCGCAGCGACAUGCUCAUUUCCAAGACACCGGCGACGGUUUCGCGAUUCUUCAUUACGCCGGCGUGGUGUCUUAUUCCGUGGAUGGAUUCUGCGAUAAGAACCGCGACGUCCUUUUCUUGGAUCUGAUAGAGCUGAUGCAGACCAGCACGAACUCCUUGGUACGAGAACUUUACCCGCGGGAGAAGGAUGCCGCUAAAACGAAAACCCUCAAAUCUCGACCGACCACUGCGGGCAGUAAGAUUAGGAAUCAAGCUAGUCGCUUAGUUGGACAGUUGAUGAAGUGUACACCGCAUUACAUACGGUGUAUCAAGCCGAAUGAGACGAAAAAGCCGCGGGACUGGGAUCACACGAGGAUCAAGCAUCAGGUGGAGUAUCUAGGUUUAAAGGAGAAUAUUAGAGUGCGUCGAGCUGGCUUCGCCUACAGGAGACCGUUCGCCAAGUUUCUACACAGAUAUGCGAUUCUGACGAAAGGCGUUCUGACGUGGCCUCGUUGGCCCGGAAACGAGAAGCAAGGCGUGGAAUGGAUAUUGAACAGUGUCCAUAUCGACAGAUCGCAAUAUCAGCUUGGUAAAACGAAAAUCUUUAUCAAGGCGCCCGAAAGCCUCUUUAUGCUAGAGGAAGCUCGUGACCGGAAGUACAAUAUGCACGCACGAGUCAUUCAGAAAGCCUUCAAGAAGUAUUUUGCACGGAAAAGGCAGGCACAGCAGAAGCAGGAAGCGGCUAAUCUCUUCUUCGGCCGUAAAGAACGAAGGCAAGCGAGCUUGAAUAGGAAUUUCGUGGGAGAUUAUAUAGGAUUGGAGACCAAACCGCAAACGAUGAGUCUCAUCGGAAGACGGGAAAAGGUGUUCUUUGCUGAAGUUGUGAAAAAGUACGAUAGGAGAUUUAAGAUGUCCAGAAGGGAUCUUAUACUUACCGGAAAGUGUCUUUACUUAAUCGGCCGAGAGCAAAUAAAGAAAGGUCCUGAGAAAGGCAAAUCCAUCCAAGUUAUUAAGAGGAAGUUGCCAUUUAAUCAAAUCAGUCACGUAUCAUUAAGUACGCUGCAGGACAAUUUCGUAAUUAUCCAUACGAAGGAAGACUACGCCAGCUUGUUGGAAUCUGUAUUUAAAACGGAAUUCCUAUCUAUCCUCAAUAAAAAAUACCUAGAAGACACUGGCCACUGUUUGAACGUUAGGUUUAGCAAUAACUUAGAGUUUAAAGUGAAGAAAGAAGGUUGGGGCGGUGGUGGAACGAGGGAGCUGAAAUUCAUACAGCUGGAUUACGGUGAUCGAGAAAUCCUAAAAUCGAGCGGCAAAGUUCUCCAUAUCAGCGUCGGUCCGGGAUUACCGAACACGACGAAACCAAAUCGAAAUCGAUCGAUAAUCUCGCCCUCUUAUCCGCGCAACGGUAAUAUUUCGAAGCCAAGUCGUCGAACGCCGCAGCUGAUCUUGCAAGCAAACGACACGAAUGUCUCGGCCGCAUUUCCGAGUAAUCAGACCACCGUAGCGGCCACGAGAAUGUCCGUAAGACCUGUAGCGGCCGAGAGGACUACGGCACCCGCACAAGCGCCUUCAAAUGACAGACCGAACAUUCCACCAAAUCGGCCAAGUUUUCAAGUUGCACAGCCUCGUAAGGACGUGAGGAAGGGAGUAAAUCAACCGAACAAAUUGCAGAACAAAUCGAUUACUACAAUGGGCAUGUUCACCAAUCCCACUGCCGGGCCACGUGGUUUGCUGAAAUUUCCUCCACCGCCUACAGAACCACCGCCUCCGCAUGAACCUGCAGGGUUUAGAUUGCCGCCCCUCAAUAGCGAAUACGAUAAUAAGGUUUCUAGUCAUCUGAACAAAGGAAUGCAAACGAGCCAAGAAUGGAACGCUAGACAAUCCAAUGACGCGACGAUGCAUACGAGAAGAAUGGAAGAAAAUGUCGCGUACGCAAUAGCCAAUAAAAAGCCGCCUCAGAAACCCACACCACCGAGUUUGCCAAAGGUUAAAGCUUUAUACGACUAUGAGCCGCAGGAUCUCGAUGAGUUAGGGCUCAAAGAAGGCGAUAUCAUAGAAGUACUCAAAGAACAUGAGGGUGGUUGGUGGCAUGGAAGACUGAAAGGGAAGACGGGUCUCUUCCCUGCGAACUAUGUAGCAAAGUUGUAAAUUCCGUGACCGAUAUAGGAUAACUUUCACCAAACUUCCACUAAGCUAAUCGAUAACUAAUACGUUUACAUGGUGGUCUAAAACCGAUUUAGUGACACUCAUAAAGCUUCACCAGCAUGAAAUUGAUUUGACAACUCUCGAUGUUGUAAUUACUAACGUCGUACAUGAUUUAUAGUAUGAUUAUAAUAUGGUUUAUACGAUAUGUAACAUUAAUAAUUACAAUAUCGAAGAUUAUAUACAUACAUAUAUAUAACAAUAAGUUUUAUGCUGUUCAUGUAAGAUAAAAACGUACUCGGAAAGAUUUUGGAUAUCGGCCUUGGACAGAUACAUGCUCCAAGAUCUAAAAAUAAAGUGCUUAUCUAAAAAUAUAUAGGAAAUGAUUUUUAUGAUUACUACACGAUAUAAUAGCGUAUUGUGAAAAUUAAAAUUGGAGAUUCGUAUACAAAAGAUUCAGUGUCAUGUAACAUUUUAUAUCUUCCAUAUUGGACGAACGUUCGUUUACAAAAAUUUAUUAAAAUUUAAUGAUAAGUUUAUUCAUGACGGUUGUAGAGUUAUGAAAUUACAAAUAUUUCAGACUCCUUUUAAAAUAUCCAAAGAAAUGUUUCGUAGUAUAAUUCGAUGCUUAAUAUAUUUGAUAAGCAUCUUAUUAUAAGAUUUAGAAGAGACAUAUACAUGAUAAAGUAUAUGUGUAAUUUUCAUUGUUAUAUAGUUAGUUUAUAAGAAAUGAUUGUGAUUUUUGAUCGGUAUUUAUAACAAAAUAUAACGUUACCAAAUAUGAAAGUGACAAAUAGUUCGUAAUAUGCUGAAAAGAGAAUCGAUGUUUAAACAAUCAAUCAUAGUAAAAUAUUAAUACUUUGUCACAGAUUAUAUCUUAAAAACAUCGAGAAUAACCUUUUCACGUAUUUAAUAUAUAUAAAAAGUAUUAAUAAUAUUUAAUGAUGCUUAAAAGAAGGAUGUGAUAACGUGCAUGUAUAUACUACCCGAUAUAAAACAACGAGAUAAUCAAUCUUUUGUUAAAUAUUUAUUAUUUCUGAAAUAAAAAUCCCUUUGACCUGUUAUUUUA